AACAGUAGUACUGGUCUACUUUUUCUCCGAUGAAUAUGGAUUCAGUGGGAGUGAAUGUUAUUGAAACUGCAGCUCUGGGGAGACCCUUUCAUCUGGGGAUGCUGUAUGACUGCAGAAAAGAUGCGCUAAUACCAGGAAUCACCCUAUGGGAUAAAGAGCAGCUGCAGCAGAGUAUACAGGAUCGUCCUCAAAUUAAUACAGUCUUCAAUGUUACAGCUUCAGACUCCAUUGAGGAAAAAUCUCACUUAUUGAACAUUGAUGGCUGUCUUAAAUUAAGCCUUUUAAGUGGACUCAUCAAUGUAAGUGGAGCAGCCAAGUAUCUCAGUGACACCAAGAAGUCAUUCAAACAGCAGAGACUGACCCUGCAUUAUCAUUCAACCACCAAGUUUGAAGAACUGACCAUGAACCACCUGGCUUCUGGAAAUAUUGCUCACUAUGAAGUGUUUGAUAAUGAUACAGCCACACACGUGGUGACAGCUGUGCUGUAUGGGGCAGAUGCUUGCUUUGUUUUUGAUAGAGAAGUUGCAUCAGAUGAAGACAAAAGCAAAGUAGAAGGUGAAUUAAAAGCUGCCUUUGAUAAACUAAAGGGCAUUUCAGUAGACGCAAAGAUUGAUCUGAGCUUGAAUGACGAGCAGGAGACUGCAGUUCAAAAAUUCAGUUGCAAAUUUUAUGGUGACUUCCGGUUACAAUCUAAUCCAGCCUCUUUUGAAGAUGCUCUGAAGGUUUUUGCUGAUCUUCCAAAACUGCUGGGAGAGAAAAAGGAACUUGCAGUUCCUUUGAGAGUGUGGCUUUUUCCCUUGGACAAACUACAUUCACGUGCUGCAAAACUUCAAAAAGACAUCAGCCUAGGUCUAAUUAAAAAUGUUGAAUCAGUAUUUGAGACAUUAAGUACAACUGAAAUGAAAUGCAGUGAUCUUCUGAAUGACACACCAUCUUUGGCUUUUGCUGGAUUUUGUGAUAAAAUAAUGCACAUGAAGCAAAACUGCUCUAACUAUAAAUUAAAUUUCAUAAAGAAAGUUGGCUCUUUGUUGCCAAAAAUCCGUGGGAAUAUAGAAAAGGAAACAGCACUGACUGAGCUUCUGCAUGAUCAUGAAGGAGGUACAUUUAGAGGACGUGAUCUUGAGAAGUGGGUGAAAGAAAAAGAGAAGGAUUCUGGCAUAAUUAAAACACUUCUCAGGCAGCUCAUUGAUUCUGGAGCCACAGUGGAAGAGAACCUAGAUGAAAGUUUAAUGGAUCUGGAAGUUGAAAAUGUAGUUAGCUACACUUUCACAUCAUUUGAGUGGCCAGAUGUGCUCCUUUCUAAACAAAAGGCCUUCCUGAGUAUCUCAACAGAAGGAAACAAAGAUGAGUCUGAUUCCAGACAAAAUACUGGAUUCACUUCUGACAUCAAAAUGAUUAUGAGGAGCAACUUGAAAAUCUUUAAAAAUUUGAUCAAAUCAAAAACAUGUGAACCAGCUAAAUUUAUUGUUUCAUCAAAAGAGAUUAAAAACAAUCCAGGUUCCUGCAUUCUACUGUAUGAAAGUGGGUCUGAUGAAGCCACCUGUUUCACACCUCCCUCAAAACCAGCCAGUCCAGUCAUUGAACAGAUCAGUGGUCACAGUGUGGUUUUGAAGGUGUCUCCAGCAUGUCCUGCAACAGAAGAGCUCAGGGUACUGUUCAAAAUGAAGGAAGAGAACGACUGGAAAGCUCAGUCUGUGCUACAGAGCCAUGACACAGUUACUCUGACAGAUCUCAGUCCAGACAUGGAGUAUGAGAUGAAAUGCGCAGCCGUGGGGAAGCUGAACUACACUGUUCACAGUGAUGUCAUCCACCUCAAAGUCAUAGACAAGAAACUCAUCGAUGCCACAGAGUCUGUCUUAGAAACACUAAGCUUGACUGAAAACAAGUGCAGUGAACUCAUGGACCACAACAGUGCAAUCACAUUCAGUGCAAUUCACAGGAAGAUUCAAGACAUGAUGAGAUACUGCCAAACCUACAAACAAGAUUUACAUAACAGAAUUAAAUCAAUGAUUAAGUCCAUUCAAGCCUGUGAAAAAGAUAUUAGUGCCCUGAUAGACCUUCUGCAAGCCCAUGAGGAGUCUCCAUUUAACAAAAGUGAACUUACAGUGUGGCUCACAGUGAAAGAAAAGGAAUUAAAAGCAGUUGAUGUGUUUUUUCAGCAACUGCAUGACUCUGGAGCUGAAGUGAAUGAUAAAUUAGACUCAUUUUUGUUAGAUAUUAGCAUAAAGAGUUUGGUGUGCUACACAUUUAGUUCUCUUGAUCUACCAGACGACUUGCUUUCUGAUCAAGAAAAUUUCCUGAAUCCUCAAAUGGUGAAGAGAAAUUCAGAGAAGAAACCCAAUGCAGGGUCUCAAACAUGGCUCACAGGAAGCAUUAGGGAGACAAUGAAAAAGCAUUUGAACAUAUUUAAAGAUCUGAUACUUUCAAAUGGAGAUCAGUCAACAGUGUUUUUGAUUGCUUCAAAAGAGCACACAAUCCAUCCUGGUUCCUGUAUUCUCUUCUAUGAGAAUGGAUCUGAUGAAGCCACUUGCUUUACUCCUCCAUCAGAACCAGCUUGUCCAGUCAUUCAACAGAUCAGUGGUCACAGUGUGGUUUUGAAGGUGUCUCCAGCAUGUCCUGCAACAGAAGAGCUCAGGGUACUGUUCAAAAUGAAGGAAGAGAACGACUGGAAAGCUCAGUCUGUGCUACAGAGCCAUGACACAGUUACUCUGACAGAUCUCAGUCCAGACAUGGAGUAUGAGAUGAAAUGCGCAGCCGUGGGGAAGCUGAACUACACCGUUCAAAGUGAUGUCAUCCACCUCAGAGUCAUAGACAAGAAACUCAUCGAUGCCACAGAGUCUGUCUUAGAAACACUAAGCUUGACUGAAAACAAGUGCAGUGAACUCAUGGACCACAACAGUGCAAUCACAUUCAGUGCAAUUCACAGGAAGAUUCAAGACAUGAUGAGAUACUGCCAAACCUACAAACAAGAUUUACAUAACAGAAUUAAAUCAAUGAUUAAGUCCAUUCAAGCCUGUGAAAAAGAUAUAAGUGCUCUGAUAGACCUUCUGCAAGCCCAUGAGGAGUCUCCAUUUAACAAAAGUGAACUUACAGUGUGGCUCACAGUGAAAGAAAAGGAAUUAAAAGCAGUUGAUGUGUUUUUUCAGCAACUGCAUGACUCUGGAGCUGACGUGAAUGAUAAAUUAGACUCAUUUUUGUUAGAUAUUAGCAUAAAGAGUUUGGUGUGCUACACAUUUAGUUCUCUUGAUCUACCAGACGACUUGCUUUCUGAUCAAGAAAAUUUCCUGAAUCCUCAAAUGGUGAAGAGAAAUUCAGAGAAGAAACCCAAUGCAGGGUCUCAAACAUGGCUCACAGGAAGCAUUAGGGAGACAAUGAAAAAGCAUUUGAACAUAUUUAAAGAUCUGAUACUUUCAAAUGGAGAUCAGUCAACAGUGUUUUUGAUUGCUUCAAAAGAGCACACAAUCCAUCCUGGUUCCUGUAUUCUCUUCUAUGAGAAUGGAUCUGAUGAAGCCACUUGCUUUACUCCUCCAUCAGAACCAGCUUGUCCAGUCAUUCAACAGAUCAGUGGUCACAGUGUGGUUUUGAAGGUGUCUCCAGCAUGUCCUGCAACAGAAGAGCUCAGGGUACUGUUCAAAAUGAAGGAAGAGAACGACUGGAAAGCUCAGUCUGUGCUACAGAGCCAUGACACAGUUACUCUGACAGAUCUCAGUCCAGACAUGGAGUAUGAGAUGAAAUGCGCAGCCGUGGGGAAGCUGAACUACACCGUUCAAAGUGAUGUCAUCCACCUCAGAGUCAUAGACAAGAAACUCAUCGAUGCCACAGAGUCUGUCUUAGAAACACUAAGCUUGACUGAAAACAAGUGCAGUGAACUCAUGGACCACAACAGUGCAAUCACAUUCAGUGCAAUUCACAGGAAGAUUCAAGACAUGAUGAGAUACUGCCAAACCUACAAACAAGAUUUACAUAACAGAAUUAAAUCAAUGAUUAAGUCCAUUCAAGCCUGUGAAAAAGAUAUAAGUGCUCUGAUAGACCUUCUGCAAGCCCAUGAGGAGUCUCCAUUUAACAAAAGUGAACUUACAGUGUGGCUCACAGUGAAAGAAAAUGAAUUAAAAGCAGUUGAUGUGUUUCUUCAACAACUGCGUGACUGCGGAGCUGACGUGAAUGAUAAAUUAGACUCAUUUUUGUUAGAUAUUAGCAUAAAGAGUUUGGUGUGCUACACAUUUAGUUCUCUUGAUCUGCCAGACGACUUGCUUUCUGAUCAAGAAAAUUUCCUGAAUCCUCAAAUGGUGAAGAGAAAUUCAGAGAAGAAACCCAAUGCAGGGUCUCAAACAUGGCUCACAGGAAGCAUUAGGGAGACAAUGAAAAAGCAUUUGAACAUAUUUAAAGAUCUGAUACUUUCAAAUGGAGAUCAGUCAACAGUGUUUUUGAUUGCUUCAAAAGAGCACACAAUCCAUCCUGGUUCCUGUAUUCUCUUCUAUGAGAAUGGAUCUGAUGAAGCCACUUGCUUUACUCCUCCAUCAGAACCAGCUUGUCCAGUCAUUCAACAGAUCAGUGGUCACAGUGUGGUUUUGAAGGUGUCUCCAGCAUGUCCUGUAACAGAAGAGAUCAGGGUACUGUACAAAAUGAAGGAAGAGAACGACUGGAAAGCUCAGUCUGUGCUACAGAGCCAUGACACAGUUACUCUGACAGAUCUCAGUCCAGACAUGGAGUAUGAGAUGAAAUGCGCAGCCGUGGGGAAGCUGAACUACACUGUUCACAAACUUGUCAUCGCCCAGAGGGAAUAUCUUGGGUUGAAGGGUUUGUUUGCUGCUGUUCUCCGACCAGAAGAUGUGGAGAGUGCCGCAACUGGAUAUUUUGUACAUGAUGAGGUGUUGCGUAAGUGGCUUGCCCAGAGUGAAGAGUGUGGUGGUUCUGUGGUUGAGGCGUGA